UCCAGAGGAGGACAAAUAGAAACCACACAUGUAUUUCCAUCCUUCACUGCUGAUGAUUCCGAUCAAGUAGAAAGCUUACGCCUGUGAGAAUGCUGACAGUAUUACAGAGCCAGAGGAAUCUAAACCAUUCAAUGACACGCGUUGCGUUACAAACUCCCUUCCGAAGCAGCAAUUUGAAAUCACCGUACAAUCUCCCCACCCCACCCUCGUUCAUUAUUUUGUUGGGAUAUUUCACCGACUGCGGCAUGUAAUCGGGAACCGGAAGUCGCCUGGAGGCGAUUAGACCUUUCGAUCGCCCCUUGGCCUUGAGCGCCAAGUCCUUUCCCUCCCCUUCCGCCCGUAGUUGGGCGGCUGCCUUCUGGCGUCAUCAGCAUGAGCCCUAGAGCCUUCUGCGCCAAGGCUGGGUCGUGCGUCAUGCGAUCAAUUGUGUUCUCAUUUUUCGUGUGUGUGCUUUCAACUGUAGUUCUUCUUCUGCCGCACUUGGGGUGAACAGCUAGGAGGGCCACCCGAAACCGGCAUGUCUUACAGCUCUGCCUCGGUCUGCCGCUACUUCUUGCAGGGCAACUGCCGUUACGGAGACAGAUGCUGGUACCUGCACCCGCGCCAGCAAGUCGGGAGGUCCAGCCAAGCCUCUUCUCAGAACGCGGGCUCCAGCAGACGAGAAGCAUGGAGUGGCCAUAAUGACAGAUACAGUAAUGUCCAGACAUCCAGUUUCUCUAAGCCAUCAAACUGGCACAGCAACAGAGAUCAUGGAAAAUCAUACUUUGGGCACCAAGCUGCCCAAGGCUUUUCUCAAAAUAGGUUUGCUGCAUUAAACUCUAGUGAAAAUAUCAGUACUGAUGGCACUAAAGAUGAUGAAGAACACCUUCUUGAAUUAAUAAUGAAAGACAUGGAGAUUUGGGAAUCUUCCGGACAAUGGAUGUUUUCUUCCUAUUCUCCAUUGAAAGACAAGUCUAAUAUUUCAGGUUUCCCAGCCUUUUUACCAGAAGAGUUGCGCCUUGAAUACUAUAACUGCAGAGCAAACAAUAAUAUACAGAAUUAUAUCACUUCAGUCCAGCAGUUAGUAACCCAGUGGAGAAGUAGACUGCUAGAGUUGAAGCAUAUGAAUGCAUCUACUAAAAGUGUGCUGAAAUCUGAACUUAAAAAAACACCUGUUCAACCACCACCUGCAUUUGGAUUUGGAGGACAGAACACAUCAGCUUUUGGAACAUCAACCUUCCCUGUGAAUAAUCAAAGCAGUGCUCAGGCCUUCUCUUUUAAAGCCCCUUCAGAACUUGCCCAGGUCUCCACUGGAAGCGCUCCUGCAUUUGGAAACAUAACAAAUGUGCAGAAUCAUCCAGUGCUGUCUGCAAAUUCUUCCUCUACUGCUUCCCAUUCAGUUGGCUUUGGGAACCAACCAGCUCCAUCUGCAACUGCUUUUUCAUUUAAAAGUACUGCAACUUCUGGUGGAUUUGGAGCUUCUGGAUUUUCAGGGUUUGGAAAAUCUCUUCUUUCAAGUUCUUCAGGAGCCACAUCUGCGUCAGUGCUUGGUACAACAGUUGCUGCCCCUACUUUGCAUUCAGGGAACACACUGUUUGGACAGCCUGCAAAUGCAUCUGGAAAUAAUGCUGCUUUGGCACCUACAAUAAUCCCACCCAGCUCUGCUACGGAAAAGUUAUUUACGCCAAAGACUGAGCUGUCCAUGGAAGAGCUGAAACAAUUUGAAGCAAAGAAAUUCACACUAGGAAAAAUUCCUUUAAAGCCACCUCCAAUUGAACUCUUAAGUAUACAGUGACUUCUGAAGUUGUUCUGUUGUGUUUGGCCUAAGUGAGAUGUUAAUGUCAUGUACACUUGGCUUCUUUCCUUUAAUUAUUUCUUCCUGUGGCUCACCAGCCUGACUUCAGAUAUUUUGUUUGUUUUUCAUUUCCAGUUAGUGGUCUGUUUGACUUGUUGGCUCUAGGAUGAACACAGCACAAUAAAAUUUUGCAAUAAAAUGAA